GAAAGGGGAAAACACGACAACCAGAACAAGCACAAGAGCCACACCACCACUUCACUGACAUCCACCCUCGAGUGCAACACCACAUCCCCACCCGCCUGCUCUCGCACCCAACACCAUCCAUCCACAAGCAAGCAGAGCAACACAAGUGGUUUGCACAGCGCCACACCAAACCAACCAAGGAAGACAAGGAAGAAAGCCCAGAGGUUUUCUUCUUUGCUUCUUCUUACUUUCCACACGCCCUUUUUCUUUCUCCCCACCUCUGUUGCCUUGAGGCAUCCUUCUUCUUCUUCCUCGUCCUCGUCCUUCUUCUUCUUCUUCUCUCCACCCACGUCGCUUUUGUUCCAAGCAAGCAAGCAAGCAAGCUCGCCUGUUUCGUUCGCCCCUGUCCUUCCAGCGAGCCAGCUUCCCAUUGUUUCUGAUACCACUGUUGGGUGGGAGAACGCCCUUGACGCUAACAAAGUGUGCGCGUGUGCGCGUGAGUCAAGGACAUCGAAUCGCUUCUUGUUCAAGAGAAAGGGAGGUGGGCCGAGAAGGUGGCCGAGAAGGUGCUCACAUCAGCUGAUCCAACUUGGAUCGAGGGGUGAUGGCCGCAGCGAUGAGAUGCCUCUUGUGCUUCUGCUUGCUGGCGCUUGUCACCUGCGACGGAGCGGCUUUCGGCGCUUCACAACAACAGCAAGCAGCUUCUUUUGUCCUGGACCAGUUUACAGAGGACACGCGUGUCGUGCGAGAUGUGCUUCCAUGGCACGACAUGUUUCAGUCCUGGCAACCUGCUUGGACUGGCGAGCUUACCCGUAUCGACCUUCUCAUGGGAUCCAAGCUGCCUUGUCACCGGUUUGCGGGCAAGCUGAGCGUUGAACAAGUGACGCCAGGGGGCAGCCCUGCCGACAAGACCACCACACUCUUGCUGGAACAAGACGUGGAGAGCACCUGCUCAGACUGCAGCAUCACAGAACAAACGUGCAUCCUCAACGGAGCAUGCAGGCAUGCAGCAUGCAUUGCGUGGCAGCGUUGGGAGCUCGCGCAACCUCUACACGUGCGCUCCAACACCACUUACCUCUUUCGCAUCAAACAAUGGGCCGACAUGGACACCUCGCCGUCGUCAACAGCAGCGUCAGCCGCUGCUGGCGCUCCCGCAGUUGCUGUUCCGUCUGUGGGCGUUGCGCCCGCGUCCGAGAACCACGGCGGCGUGAGCUCCCUGCCCUUGAACCCACACCUCACGCAUCAGAUGAGCCAGUUUACCUUCCGCACGCUGAUGGCAAGCGGUCCAGACCAGACACAGCCGCCCGUGCGCCCGGCCACCACAACACCGCCGCUGCCCUUCACAACGACGGGGCCGUCCCAGCCCUCGGCCUCCACCAGCCUCAGCACCACCAGCAUCGUGCUCAUUGCCGUGAUUGCGGUCCUGGUCGUGCUGGCCGUGCUGGCCGUGGUUGCCGUGCGUCGCAACAUCCAGCCAAAGGCCAAAGUGGGGCUGCACACGCUUCCGCACAAGGCAACCGACGCCGACACCAGCGUGCCAGCAAGCAAGGUCGCGUGGUCAAUGCGCAGCGCGCUCGCAGCAGGCCAUGGUGAUGAAGGCGGUUUCAGCGGCGCCGGCGCCUCGCACCCCGUCAUGCCCCACACGCACUACGUCGUGGCUGUGGACGGCGAUGGCGAGGACGAUGCGGACUCUGUGAUCGACGUGGAUGCAUUGCAGUUUGUGACAUACACGCCGAAGACACAGCCCCGACGCCAGACCAACAUUCGCGCAUGGGGACAACAGCAGACACCGCCUGCCACGUCCACAAAGCCAUCUUCACGUCACAUCGAUGUGGAUGGGCGUAUGGAUUACCGUGGGGAAGAGCAGCAGCAGCAGCAGCAGCAACAGCCACCAAGCACACAGGGGCCAAGCGCAACAGUAGCAGUAGCGCGAACAGCAGCAAGCGCAGUGACCAGGAGCGAACUGAGCUUGCACGCAACGCCUGCGACUCCCCGCGCAUGGGCAGGCUCCAACCAUGCACAGGGUGCCCAAACCACGGGCGAUGAGCGUGUACACUGCACCCGCUAUUCCGUCGCUUCGCAAGCAUCACAAGCACAACAACAGCAGCAGCAGCAGCAGCAGCAGCAGCAGCAGCAGCAGCAGCAGAAACUAGUACUUGGGGCGUUCUCGCCAUCGGCAAGGCUACGUGGGCGACGAUUCGUCACGCGGUCCAGCGGCGUUGUUCCAGCAGAAACGACGACGACCACAACAGUAACAGCAGCAACAGCAGCGCAGGCAACUCAGCACACACAGGAGGGCCAAGGUCACCAGCAGCACCCGCUGAGAACAGCAGAACUGCGCCCCACUCCGCCUCACGGCGGUAAUGCUGACGAUACAUGGCUACCUGGCGGCACAACGUCAGCGCGAGCAUGGCCUCGGCCAUCCAAAGACACAGCCGGUGGAGAAGGGGAUGGCGAGAGCGUUGAUGGCACUGGCACUGGUUCACACGACGACCACAUCACCAUUGCUCCUCCUGCGCACCAGUCACGCCAGAGCAGCAGCAAGCGUGGACAGAGGAGGAGAAGGAGGAGAGGAGAUGUUCCGAGUCGGUUUGAUGCUGAGGCCACCGACGAGACCGCCUCCUCUGCCACGACCAGCGCACGACGUCGUGGCGGCCGUGCUGUGCGCCAGCUUCCGUCUGUGCCAACCUCCUCCGAUGUGUGAGGCACUAGGACCGGCUACGUGACAGUGAGACAAGAAGACGAGGAGAGGAGGAGAGGAGGAGAGGAGGAGAAGAGCGACUGUGAAGAGCAAGAAAUGGGCAAAUGGGCACAGUGCGUGUGUGUAUCGAGGGGCUGUGAUCCGAGUCUUGAUGGAAAACGCCGUUGUUCGUGGUAUGUCGUUGAGUUGAG